GUCUUUGGCUUGUCCGUGGAAUUUCCUUCUCUCUCUGACGAUAUGUCUUUCAUCUCUCGUGCCGUUGGAAAGUCGUCUUUCAACGCCCUCCGCGUUCAACGCGCCAACUACAACUUCCUCGCCAAGGCUGUUGCUAAGCCCCUCGGUGUCCAAACCUCUUUGAAGGUUCGCAACUAUGCCACCGAGACCCACUCCACUGGUGAGAUUCGUUCCGUCAUUGGUGCCGUCGUUGAUGUUCAGUUUGAGCAAGAUACUCUUCCCGCUAUCUUGAACGCUCUCGAAGUUCAAGACAGCGCUGGUGGCCGUCUCGUCCUCGAAGUUGCUCAGCAUCUUGGUGAGAACACUGUCCGUACCAUUGCUAUGGACGGUACUGAGGGUCUUGUCCGUGGCCAAAAGGUCGUUGACACUGGUGCUCCCAUCACCAUUCCCGUCGGUAAGGAAGUCCUUGGCCGUAUCAUCAACGUCAUUGGUGAGCCCAUCGAUGAGCGUGGUCCCAUCAAGGCCAAGAAGUUCCUCCCCAUUCACGCUGAGGCUCCCGAAUUCGUUGACCAAUCUCCCACUCCCGAAAUUCUCGAGACUGGUAUCAAGGUCGUCGAUCUUCUUGCCCCCUACGCUCGUGGUGGUAAGAUUGGUCUUUUCGGUGGUGCCGGUGUCGGCAAGACUGUCUUGAUUCAAGAAUUGAUUAACAACAUCGCCAAG